AUGACAUUUCGUUCCAGGGUCACGAAGGCCACGUUUUCUGCUGUGGUAUUAGUCACUGCAUUAGAUUCCAUAGAAAGCCUAAUGGUUGACGUCAGCCAGCCGGAGUUACCACCAUGUGUUGAUGUUUUCGAGGGUUCGUUCGCCGAUGGAGGGGCAUAUAGGAUGAUCCAUUCAAGCGAUGAUCGAAUCACAGCGGUGUCCUACGGGCGCCAGAUAUUGAACGCGCACGGAGCACACAUAGGCCCUAUAUACGAUGUUUAUAUUCAAGAUUAUCGACGUGGUAACAGUAGGAUUAUUGCAACAAGCACUUUUACGGGUGACAAUGGUGAAUUUUUAAAUACAUACCAUUGCAACGUAAUAGGAGACCAAUGCGCUCAUACAAACCGUCACGUGAAAAAUAUUUUCCAAAAAAGCGCUGUAUAUUUACGUCUAGACAUCACGAAGCAGAAGUGUCAUCCAUUUAUAGCUUAUGCUGAAACGAAUGAUCAGUAUACGCAGUACGAAUGGUACCUUAUUAAGCGCCCGCGGGGCGGCGAAGUGACUCACCCAGCCGGACGAUUAGUAGUUCGUUUUGACCGAUUCCAUAUAUCACCCAUUUUAAACAUCGACACGGUAUUUCACGAUAAAAAUCUACCUCCAUCGUCGCUAAGUUCCCAUUGCGCUAAACUCCUUCUUGUACCUGAAAGCAAUGAUAUUACUAUAUGGUUCCAGCAUGGCGUCAGUUACUCAAAGUGCCUUUUGCGUAUACCACCAAUCGAAGAUGGCAUUUUUAAACCAAAAAAUAUAGUCAUUUGGCCUCGAAUAAUCUACGAUGGCCCCAAUCCGCUUUUUUUGCAUCACUCUACUUAUAUAAACAUAGACAUUUCUAAGAUCGAAACAUAUAAUGAAGGGAUUAUAGUUUUAGCAAAUCUAAAAAGGGGUGAUUGGUUAUACACCCAGUAUAGCCUUGUGCCAAUAGAAGGCCAAAUAUAUAAGUGGGUUAGGGUCACGAAUUCGAAAGAAAGCCUCGAGUUAUACCGAGUAGUUCGUGAUGAUGAAUGCAUUACACAUGUCGAAGUGUUUGAUUAUAUAACCCAUGGAUGGCAAUAUGUCGUUGUUAACAUUGAUAAAGCGGAUGCAACAGGGACUGUUAAUUUUCAAAUGCUAUACCUGCGUCAGUCCGGUGAAAAUGGUGUCAAAUAUUUCCAUCUUGGUUAUGAAUGGUUACAACCAUGUAUUAACAUGUUAUACAACAUCAACGUUGUCCCAUCAAGUGAGAGUGACCAAGAAUACACCGACGUUAUGAUCGAUGCCAUGCACUGCCCAUCAAACCUUAUUACUCUCUGA